GAAUCUUUUCAUCUGUUUUUCUCCGCAGACCAUUAAAUAGUCUCCACUACCACUUCGCUCAGUUACUCUUUCUCUUUCAAGCUUCAACACUUCGAACCUCCUACAUUUUGCCGGCUUACAUUCGGGUCGUGUAGCGGUAACCAUGCUGCGAACACUCAUCCGUAGCGGACCACGUGUACUGUCAGCAACCGAAGUUUUGCUUGCACGCCCAUCAAAAGUUGAAAAGCCAGAUGGGGCAACAAAAUUCGAUCCAGAGGCAGCUCCUGCGAUCGAAACAGUAGAGGAAGCGCAAGUCGCCUCUGCUACUUCCGAUCCGCAUAGAAAGACUGACGAGAGCGCCACUCACGUGCGUCCGCAGACAAUCUUGAAGGACAUUCUCCAUUCUGUUUCAGCAGGACAACAGGCCUUUCUUUUUGGUACGCAUAAAGACGCCUCUGACCCUGCUGACGGCGUCCUGCGUGCCACCGGCACCUUCUUCGAGUCAGUGAACACAGCGUACGAAGGCCGGAUGCUGCAGGAGCGGCAGAUUGAAGUGGAGAAGUAUGUUGAAAAGCGACGCCUUCAUUAUGCCCAGCGUCUUGACGAGGAAACAGAGGAAUUCCGGCAAGAGCAAAAGGAAGUACAUGAGGAGAUUCAGCGCAUGGAGUCUGAAAAGUACAAACGUGAACUCAACAAUGAUGUUGUCCAAUUCACCAAGGCAAGAGAGACAGAAUACGAGGUGCGUCUUUACGCAGACGUGGAAAAGUACUACAACGCUCUCCUUGCGUAUCAGUCGCGCUCGAAGAAACAGGUGAAAGCAAAAUCCGCCGACGAUAACCUUUCGAUGCAGCUGAACAUGAAUCUGCAAGCCAUAAUCAACGAGAUGGAAUUGGAAGACUCCAUUCGUGAUUUCGGCGACGCAACGGGGAGCGGAAAUGACAUUACCGAUCAGGAUAUUCGAAGCUAUGUUGUGCAGUGCACCUGCUUUUAUGAGAAAUGUGCGCAAGACGAAAUCCACGACUUUACUGAAAGGCGUCGAACAUUCUACGAAGAUCUGCUAGAGGCGCGAGCUAUUCGGCACGCUGCGAAGAUACGUUCUGAUACAGAGAAGUAUCGCAGAGAACGACAGACGUAUUACGACGACCGGCUGACCAGCGACGGAUCAUGGAUGACUCACUGUUUCCAAGAGCACUACAAUCGAUGCUUCUUACAGGCCUAUUCUCGUAGGGCGUGGAUUGAUCACCGCCGCUAUCAAGCAACUCAAGAGGGCAUUAAGAUUUUCACUAAAGAAGGAGAAAGAAUACCGGCGAUCUCGGACCCUGCCACUAUCAGCGUUGCCGCCUUAAGCGCAGAAAUCCCACUUGCUCAAAUCCUUGACGUUUAUGAAUCAGAGAACAUGGCAGAGAUAACACGAGAUGUGUUUCUUAAAGCUGCGCGUCGUGUAGCGAAUGCUUCGGACCACAGCAGAGGCAGCGAUUCUUCCUCAUAA